AGUAACUGGCUUAUUUCAUCUAUUAUAAUGUCCUCAAGGUUCAUCCAUGUUGUAGCAUAUGGCACAGUAUUCUUCCUUUUUGAGGCUGAAUGAUAUUCCAUUGUAUGUAUAAUACCACAUUUUGCUUAUGCAUUCAUGUGUUGAUGUUUUAGCUGUAGUGAGAAAUGCUCCUGUGAACAUGGGAGUACAAUAUCUCUUUGAGACCCUGCUUUUGAUUCUUUGGGGUAUAUACCCAGAAGUAGAAUUGCUGGAUCAUGAGGUAAUUCUAUUCAUUUUUGAGUAAUCACCAUACUGUUUUAAUGGUACCAGGAAUGGUACCAUUUUAAAUUCCCCCAACAGUGCAGAGUUCCAAGUUUUCCACAUCCACAUCAGCACUUACUUUAUGUUUUUCUUUUUUUUCAAUAGUAGCCAUCCUAAUGGAUGUGAUGGUAUCUCUUUGUAGUUUUGAUUUGCAUUUCCCUAGUGAUCAAUGAUGUUGAGUGUCUUUUCCUGUGCUAAUUGGCCAUUUGUAAAUCUUCUUGGAGAAAUGUAUAUUAAAGUCCUUUGCCCAUUUUUGGAUUGGGUUGUUUUGUUGUUGUUGAGUGUUAGGUGUUCUCUAUAUAUUCUGGAUAUUAAUCCCUUAUCAGAUACAUGAUUUGUAACUAUUUUCUCCUAUGUUGUGGCCUUCUUUUUUACUCUGUGAAUAGUGUCUUUUGAUGUGCAAGGUUUUAAAAUUUUCAUGAGGUCCAUUUUGUUUUGAAUUUUUGUUACCUGUGCCUUUGGUAUCCUAUCCAAGAAAUCCCUGCCAAAUCCAAAAUCAUGAAGCUUUUGUCCUAUGUUUUCUUCCAAGAGUUUUAUUGUUUUUUAGGUCUUACAUUUAGAUAUUUGAUCCAUUUUGAAAUAAGUUUUGUACAUGUUGUUAAGUACAGGUCCAACUUCAUUCUUUUGCAUGUGGAUAUCCAGUUUUCCCAGCACCAUUUGUUGAAAAGACUUUCUUUUUCUCAUUAAGUACUUUGAAGAUUUUGCCAGAAAUCAGUUGGUUAUAUAUGUGUAUAUCUGGGUUAUGUCUUCUGUUUUAUUGACAUUUUUUCCUUUGCUGAUACUCUGCUAUCUUGAUUAUAGUAGUUUUACAAUAAGUUUUGAAGUGAAAUAGUGUUCUUCAAUUUUGUUCUUCUUGAAGAUUUGUUAUGACUCUUCUAGGUCCUUUGUAUAUUUAUAUGCAAUUUAGAAUCCACUUUUCCGUAGAAAUUUUAGGAUUAGGUUUUCAUUUUCCACAAAAACAUCUGUAGAUUUUACUUGAUACCAUGUUCACUCCACAGAUCAAUUUGGAGAGAGUAGACAUCUUAAUACUGUAAACAUGAUCUGUUUAUUUAGAUCAUCUUUAAUUUCUCAAGAACUAUAAUUUUUAUUUUAGUUUUCAGUAUACAGAUAUUGCACUUUGAUUUUUAAUGCUGUUAUGACAUUUUAGAAGUAUUUCAUUUCCACUGUUCGUUACUAGUAUGUAAAAAUAUAAUUGAAUUUUGUAUAUUAGCCUUUGUUAGUUUUAGUAGCUUUAUGUGUGUGUUGGGGGGGUUGUUGCUAUUUUGUUUUGAUUCUCUAGGCUUUACCAUGUAAUUAUGAUCUAUAUGUAAGUAAAGACAAUUUUACUCCUUCCUAUCAACCUGUAUUUCUUUUCCUUACCUCAUUUUACUGACUAGAACCUCUAGUACCAUAUUGAAUAGAAUUGGUGAGAGCAGGGGCACCUGGGUGUCUCAGUCAAUUAAGUGUUCGAUUCUUGGUUUUGGCUCAGGUCAUGAUCUCACAGUCAUGAGAUCAAGACCCACGUUGGGCUCCAUGCUGGGUGUGGAGCUUGCUUAAGAUUUUUCUCUCUUCUCCCUCUGCCCCUCUUUCCUGCUCGCAUGCCUGUGUAGGCUCUCCCCCCCCCCCCAAAAAAAAAAGGAAAAAGAAAAGUGGUGAGAGCAGAUGCCCUUGGUUUGUUCCUGAGUUUAGGAAGAAGAUUUUCAGACUUUAACUGUAAAGUUGUUAUCUUCAGGUUGAAUAGCCCCUUCUUAUUCCUCAUUUGCUGAAAGGUUUUUUUUUUUUUUUUCCUUUUAAUCAUAAAUGGGUGAUAUUGAAUUCUAAUUGUGGUGUUAAAAGGAUUUUUAAAAGGAUUUAGGGGCGCCUGGGUGGCUCAGUCGGUUAAGCAUCCGACUUCAGCUCAGGUCACCAUCUCGCGGUCCGUGAGUUUGAGCCCCGCGUCGGGCUCUGGGCUGAUGGCUCAGAGCCUGGAGCCUGCUUCCAAUUCUGUGUCUCCCUCUCUCUCUGCCCCUCCCCGUUCAUGCUCUGUCUCUCUCUGUCUCAAAAAUAAAUAAAACGUUAAAAAAAAAAAUUAAAAAAAAAUAAAAAAAUAAAAGGAUUUAAAAAGGGGUUAUAAUCGUGACUCUCAUACAGAUAUAAAAUGAACACUUGUCAAAUAUUUUAUUUAACUCACUAGUUAAUGAGGAAACUGAUAAGAUGUUAAAGUCAGUUCAAAGACAAAUUUGAAGAGGCACUCAUUUAUAUUCAGCAAAAAAAGCUGAAAUGAAUUUUUCAAAUAAACGCAAAAGCUGGUCUAUCCAGUGGGCAAUUAUCACCUGUAAUCCACUGGACACAACUAAUUUGCUCUUUUGUGCAUAAGAAUAGUUCAUGUUAUUAUCAAUUUUCUACAAAUUUUAAAUUGAAAAAUUGCUCAAAGGCAAAGGUAGAGGUAAUGAAUGCAUGAGCUAGAGAGAACGGUUGGUAAUCUUUUCUUUUUGGUCUGUUUUCAAAGCUUUUUACUGUUUUACUGACAAAGAGUUUUGCUUUGAAUUUCCAUGAUCCCCAGUGUUGAACACUGUUCAUACAUUUAUUGGUUAUAAGUAUGUGUGCUGCUGUCAAAGCCUCUUGAAUGUCUCUUAUCCAUUUUUCUGGUCAUGUUUUGGGUAUGUGUGUUAUUGCUUUAUAUGUUCUUGAUAAUGCAUUAUAAGUUAAGUGUAUUAUGAAUACUUUUUCCUAGUUUAUAACUUGUAUUUUCACUAUGUUUAAGGUAUUUUUUGAAAAAUGGUUCUUAGUUUUAUUACAGAUUUUUCUUGUCUUAUUUACAAAAUCCUUCCUUACCCUGAGGUUAAAAGUUACUCAUAUUUUCCACUAAGUUUUUUAAAGUUCCUUUUCUCAUUUAAGUCCUUAACCAAUUGGAGUUGAUUUUUCCUAUGGUAUGAUGUUAGGAUCAAAUUGCACCUUAUUAUUUUUUUUUUAAACAUAGAUGAUGCACUGAAUGUUUGUGUCCCCCCCCCCCCGCCGCCGAAUUCCUGUGUUGAAGUCCCAGUGUGUUGGUGUUUGGGAUGGGGAUUUUGGGAGGAAAUUAGUGUUAGAUGAAGUUGUGAAGUUCCCUGGUCUGAUGGGAACAGUACUUUGAUUACAACAGAUAUUAGAGAGCUUGCUCUUUCUCUCUCCUCUCUCUAUAAGGACAUAGCCAGAGGUGGCCACCUGCCAGCCAGAAAGAGAGUUUUCACCAGAACGUGACCAUGCUGGUACCCUUCUAGCCUCCCGAACUGUGAGAAAUAUUUCUGUUGUUUAAGCCACCCAGUCUGUGGUAUUUUGUUAUGGCAGCUCUAAUAGACUAAAACAUCUUGUUUUACAUUUUCUAUUUGGUACUUGAUAUUUUCCCUUGUCAGACACUGCUUCUGUGGGGAGGAUUGAUUAGGUUUAUAUCAGUCCCAGCAAUGUCUGGGGCAGGAAUUGGAGAGCCCUAGGUACCAGAGAGCUUGAGUCAAUUACUUCUCACCCCAUUUAACAUAACCUCAGGUCACGUCUUUACCUGUUUCUCUAGAGGAAGAAGCUGCCUUUAGGAGGAGGCACCACUAAGAUUAUUGGCACUCCACCCGCCCAAGUUCUGGUGUUAGAGGAGUAGAAGGAGGGGGCCAGGGAAGGUUAGUGUGUAUUCAGCUGUUUUCUAAGCGCCUGACUAUUUUCCUGAGGACCUGAGGUCCAAGGAAUGCAUGUGCGGAGCCAGGUUGUGUGCACCUAGGUGCUGGAGCCUAUGAAAAGCAAAAAUCGGAACUUCAGGAGUUCUUCUGUUUUGUUAUACCACAGCCUCAAGUGAGCUGCCUCUUGCCUCAGGCCAAAGCCACCAUUCCACACAUUCCAGUUCCAAAUGGGUCCUUGUGCCCCCAGGUGUUUCUCAUAGUUCUUUCCACUUUUUCUCUGUAACUUCCGCAAGGGCUGAUCUUCUGAGAAGGGUCAGCAGUUUUGCUAAUUCAACAUCUUGGCAGGAAUUGGAGCCAGCGUCACAUUUUUCUUAGCCUUCGUAGACUUCCUUUACAUAGUUACGGGUAACUUUAAUCUGACAAAAAAAUGAGUUUGUUCAGGAUUCCCAAGUCAUCUGCAAGGCCUCUUCUGUACUGUGUCUGAAGCCCUCCACAAAGGCUGUGUGGAGGUGAGGCCGGCUGUAGCAAAGAGUCCCACAGAACCUUUUUGAUCAUCCAUUGGUGUUUCACGGAAUGUUUGGUCACCCAACCCUGGUUGCCUUUUUGGAUAGGUAGACCCAACAGGCCCUUUAGGUAAUGUGACUUAUUCACUUCUAAGGGGGUCUCUGACUUAAAGUGUCUGUCCUUCUGCUUAGUAAUGUUACUUGAAAUUCUAAUUCUGGACAGUUAUUCUUGCCCAAGAUAACCCCUGAAUUUUUAAGUAUUUUAUUGUAUCUUUCAUUAAACUUAUGUUCUGUUUAUAAUGAGUAUGUUGAUGUUAAAAUCUUUUUUUAUUUAAAAAAUUUUUUUUAAUAUUUUAAAUUUUUAAAAUAUUUAUUUUUGAGAGAGAGAGAGAGAGAGAGAAUCUGAAGCAAGAUCCAGGCUCUGAGCUGUCAGCACAGAGCCCAGUGUGGGGCUCGAACUCAUGGACUGUGAGAUCAUGACCUGAGCUGAAGUUGGACAUUUAACUGGCUGAGCCACCCCGGGGCCCCAAUGUUUUUUUUUUUUUUUUUUUUUUUUGAGAGAGAGGGAGAGCGUGAGCAAGGGAGAUGCAGAGAGAGAAGGAGACACAGGAUCUGAAACAGGCUCUGUGCUGAAAGCAGAGAGCCCGAUAUGGGGCUCAAACCCAAACCAUGAGAUCAUGACCUGAGCCAAUGUCGGACGCUUAACCAACUGAGCUACCCAGGCUCCCCGAUGUUAAAAUCUUUUAAGUUACUUACAUCAACAAAGAAACUUGCUCCUCCAGUAGAAUGUACUAUAUUUGUUCUGUCAUUUUGUUUACUGCCUGCUGUAUCUCUGCCUCCACCAAAGAAUUAGUUCAUCCUGCAAUGUUACCUUCCAUUAUAAACCCCUGUGUUGUACUUAUUUUUCUUCUGUGUGAUUCCAGAGACAAGACAGGACCUAUUUCUCACUUUGUUUUGAUGUAGGAAGUCUAGGUCCGAGGACCCAGAGGGGGUCCUGAAGGACCAGCCAAGAAGGUCCUUGGCUUCAUGCAGGGUAGAAAUCAAAUGACAGCCUGGAGGAAGUGAGAGGAGAGUUUAUUUAAUAGUGUAAGUGAUAGCGUACAGCAGAGUAUCUGGGAGCCUCAGAAAAGAAGAAGUUACUCUCCCUGCUGCUUAGGUGUUUGUAUUGGAAAGGGGCCCAGGGUACACGUUCCUUCAGGAAUUCAGGGUAGGGUCUGAUCAAAGGUGAGUGUCAGGUGAACAGUAGGUGUUUUUCCAUAAAUCACCAAAGGUAGUGGGUAUUGGCACCAGUGUCGACCGAGGUUUGAAGCUAUCGUCCUGGAACUUGCUCGUGAUCUCUUUCUUCUUAGAUGUUAUCAGGUGUUUGGUGGCCUACGACAGAACUUGGAGAAUGGUUAACCCUUUUUGCUUCUCCUUGGAGUGGGAUCAUAGCUUCUUUGGUUUACUCAGGUGCAAGCUGAAAUAUAGACCAUGAGUAAUUGGAGCCUAGCAGAGAAACAGUAGACAUGGAGCCUUUCUAAAUGGAGUCCCUUCCGUUUCUGUCAGUUUUGCAUGCCUAGUCCUGGUAAAGGUCCUGCCAGAUUUGCCACAGAGAAGGUGUUCUAUAUUGUUGAAUUAAAUUAAUACCUAGCAAAGUACUUAUGUUUAUAACAGGAGUUGCAUUCUAGAUAGAAAAGUAUGUACUCAUAUCCACAGUGGGUCCUGUAUUUUGGCAAUGGUGUGUUGGGGCAGGUAGGGUCUAUAGAACUUGAUAAACUGAUUAGAUAUUGAUUGGAAGAAAGGAGAGAGGGGGAAAAGAAUCAGGGAUGAUUCCUAAAUUGGGCAAUUAAAGGGAUGCCACACUGCUAUUUAUUUCCAGUGCAUGUUUGGGUUAGAAAGAACUUGUGGGAUGGGAGAUAGAUAUGUUCUUGAAAUAUUUAGUUUGGGGUUUUUCUGAGAUAUUCAAGAGGGAGAAAUGCAGGUCUGUAUGCAGUUCUUGGAGAGAGGUGGGGGCUUGAGAGAGAGAUUUUGAGGUUAAUAGUUUUUCAGGACUGGUUGAAGAAGAAAUUGCUCAGGAUUGAGGGCAAAGCCCCUAAGCACAUCUAGUUUUAGCAGACAAGUACAGAAAAGGCACUGGGAAGGAGAUUAAGAAGGGGAAACAGAGUGUUAACAAAGGAUUUUAUAGCAACACCCUUGGUUUCAUCUCUGUGCAGAGACCAGAUUUUCCUUUCAGCACUCUGUAUUUGAUCUUUGUCCCCAUACCUUUCUUUGUUUUCAGCAUUCGCUGCUGGAAGAGAUUGUGGAUGAAAAAUAGUUUUAUUUUUGAACCCAGCAAUUGCUGGUUUCUUUACAUUUCCUCUAAAUUCUGCUCAAAAACAGAGUACUUUCUUCUCCAGCUCAUCUCUCUAGUUGCACUUUAUAUCAUAUAUAUAAAAGAAACCAGUUGACACUUUGGACAUUGUGCUUGGAAAUUACCUUAGCUAGAAGUAACAGUUCAUUACCAGCAUUUUGUUUUUUAAUUUACCACAGGCAACAGUUUUGCUAAACUUUCUGCCCCUUCUUAAGUGGUCUUCUUUCCUCCAGCUUCUGAUAGCAUUUUAACUCACUCUCCUUAAAGUCCAGUAGCCUCUUCAAGGCUCAUCAGGCUUCUGCUAGUGAGAUCCCUGUGGCCCUUCUCCUGUUCACAUCUACCACCCAAUCCCAAAGCUGAUGUCACAUGUUUUAUGUUUUUAUUAUGUCACCACUCCAGUUCCAGGUGCCAGAUUCUGUUCUGGAAACUAUUGCUAUUAAACAAACCACCCCAGACCUAGUCCCAGAACCUGCAUCACUUUUCCUAACCUAGCCUGGGAAGUCACUUAUUGUCACCUCACCACACUCUCUUGGUUAUAAGCAAGGUAAAUGCCAGCUUGGAUUUAAGAAGAGAAGCAGACUUGGUGCCUUUGUGGGUGAACAGCAAAUUUACACCAUAGAAGAGCAUGUGGAAUUGGAGGUAUUUUUGAGCAUAGUUAUAAAACAUAGUUUGCCACAGAUGGAUAAAAUAAAAUACGUAGAAUUACAGAGGAAGCCAGGGGUACCUGGGUGGCUUAGUACGUUGAGUGUCCGACUUCAGCUGAGGUCAUGAUCUCAUGGUUUGUAAGUUUGAGCCCUGAAUCAGGCUCUGUGGUGACAGUGUGGAGCCUGGAGCCUGCUUUGAGUUCUGUGUCUCCCCUCUGUCUCUGCCCCACCCCUGCUGGUGCUCUGUCUGUCUCUCUCUCAAAAAAACAAACAAACAAACAAAAAAACAACAACAAAAAAAAACAAAUUACAGAGGUAGCUCAAUUAUAUUAAAAUAUUAUUAUCGAACUAAUUAUAAUAAGGUAUUUUGUAUUUAUUUAGCAUGAUACACAACAAGGUAGUGGCAGGUCUAUAGUAAAUUAGUAAAUACAGUAAGUAUUAGUGAUUUUAGAAGUUGGAGGAAAUAAAGAAAUAAUUUAUUUUCCCAUCCAAAUUCAUAGGUCUUCUGAAUUCUAUCCACAGACCCUCCAGCCUCUAGAUGAAGAGCCCUUGGAUUAAUGUAAUGGUGUGAGCAGAAGUCUCACUGCCAUGGCCUGGGGAGUAAAUGUGGUGAGGGGAAAGGCAGAGACUAAGGGGAGGACACCAUAGGGAAAAGAAUAUUUGAGGUCCACUCCUAAGGAAAGAAAAGGAAGCAAUGACAUAAUGCCUAGAGUUGGAACCAGUUAAACUGGGUUUUAAACAUUGCUGUCUUCUGAAAAUAAGUUAAGGAAUGAGAGGCAAGGAAGAAAGUACAUUCAUCCUGGAAGGACCCAAAGCACAUUGAAACUGUAAACGAAUGUAAUGAUAGCUGCUAAAACCACCUUUGUCACCAUAAUGGAUGAAGAACUGCAAAUUUAAACGAUUGAUCAUACUUACAAGAGCUGCUAUGAUACAUAGGGGAGGUGAAAACUGAUGGAUGAAAGUUUUGCUAUGCACUGAAAGGAAAGCAUUGUCUGUGAAGGUCUUUUCUUAAAAAUGUCUGCUUGUAACACCUUUACUGAACACGUGUGGAAACCUGGUGAAUGCAAGAACUGCUUUAAGCCUAAAAGCUUACACCAGCUCCCCCCAGACCCUGAGAAGGCACCCGCCACCCAUGGCAAUGUGAAAACUAAUGCCAAUCACAGUAAUAACCACCGCAUGAGGAACACUGGGAAUUUCCGUCCUCCUGUGGCUAAAAAACCCACUAUAGCUGUGAAACCCACUAUGAUGGUGGCAGAUGGGCAGAGUGUAUGUGGUGAACUUAGUAUCCAAGAACACUGUGAGAACAAACCUGUCAUCAUAGGGUGGAACCGAAACAGGACGGCCUUGAAUCAGAAACCACUUAAUAAUAAUAAUGAAGAUGAUAUUGAAGGAUUUAGCCACGUUCCUAAGCCCUAUGGCAAUAAUGAUAGUGCAAAGAAGAUACCAAAUAACAAUAAUGGUCUAACUGAUGUGUUAAAAGAGAUAGCAGGCUUGGAUACCACCCCUCAGAUGAGAGGAAAUGAAACAAACUCCAGAGAAACAUUCUUAGGAAGAAUAAAUGAUUGCUAUAAAAGAUCAUUGGAAAGAAAGCUUCCACCAAGUUGCAUGAUGGGCGGUAUAAAGGAUACUCAGGGCAAGCAUGUUAUUCUGAGUGGGAGCACAGAAGUGAUCAGUAAUGAAGGGGGCCGGUUCUGUUACCCAGAGUUUUCUAGUGGCGAGGAGAGUGAGGAAGAUGUACUUUUCAGUAACAUGGAGGAGGAGCAUGAGAGCUGGGAUGAGAGCGACGAAGAGCUGCUGGCCAUGGAGAUUCGCAUGAGAGGGCAGCCCCGCUUUGCUAACUUCAGGGCAAAUACUCUGUCUCCUGUUCGAUUCUUUGUGGACAAAAAAUGGAAUACUGUCCCCCUGCGAAAUAAGUCUCUGCAGAGAAUCUGUGCUGUAGACUAUGAUGACAGUUAUGAUGAAAUCCUAAAUGGUUAUGAAGAGAAUUCUGUGGUCUCCUGUGGACCAGGAAGCAUGCAGAGCAUGGUGUCAUCUGACUCUACAUCACCAGACUCUUCUUUAACAGAAGAGUCACGUUCUGAGACAGCCAGUGGUUUAUCCCAGAAGAUCUGUAAUGGAGGAGUAUCUCCUGGUAACCCGGGAAGUUCUAAGGACAUGAAGGAAAGUGAGCCCAAUUAUGAAAGUCUCUCUGGUAAUAAUCAGGAAAAGGACUCCUCACAAGCACCUAAAAGCUCAGUAAAAGUCCCAGAAACACACAAAGCAGUCCUUGCUCUCCGAUUAGAAGAGAAGGACGGCAAGAUUGCUGUACAGACUGAGAAGCAAGAAAGUAAAGCCUCUACCGAUAUUGCUGGGCAAGCAGUAACCAUUAACCUUGUCCCCGUAGAAGAGCAAGCAAAGCCCUACCGAGUUGUGAGUCUGGAACAGCCACUGUGCAAGCCAUAUACUAUCGUGGACGUGUCGGCAGCCAUGGCCACUGAGCACCUCGAGGGCCCUAUUAGCAGCCCCAAGACAAAAAUCUCCUCUUCUACUCCAAACUCUCCGAUGACAUCACCUGCAUCGACGUCAGGACAAAUAAGUGCCCACUUCCAAAAAUCCAGUGCAAUACGAUACCAGGAAGUAUGGACUUCCAGUACCAGUCCACGACAAAAGAUACCCAAGGUGGAAUUAAUUGGUGGUGGAACUGGACCAAAUGUCCCUCCAAGGAAAAACUGUCACAAGUCAGCACCUACUUCACCGACAACUACAAACAUUUCCUCUAAAACCAUCCCUGUUAAGUCACCCAAUUUGUCUGAAAUAAAAUUUAAUAGUUAUAACAAUGCUGGCAUGCCACCUUUUCCAAUCAUCAUUCACGACGAGCCAACCUAUGCUCGGAGUUCUAAAAAUGCCAUCAAAGUUCCCAUUGUAAUCAACCCAAAUGCAUAUGACAAUCUAGCCAUUUAUAAAAGUUUUCUUGGAACAAGUGGAGAACUCUCAGUGAAGGGAAAAACCACAAGUGUAAUAAGCCAUACUUAUGAAGAAAUAGAAACUGAAAAACUGUCCGAUAACACCACUAGCAAACCUACUGAGUGCCCCCAAGCCAAAGGGCUUUCAAGCAGCACAGAGCGUAAAAGGGGCUCAGUGGCUCAAAAGGUUCAGGAGUUUAACAGCUGUCUGAACAGAGGUCAGUCUUCACCACAGAAAAGUUAUAGUUCUGGCCACAGCUCCCCAACAAAGAUCCAGAGAACCACUCAAGAACCUGUGGCCCAAAUAGAAGGCACUCAGGAGUCUCAGACGGUCAGCAGCAGCAGCAGCACCAGCACCAGAGAGAAAGCAAGCACAGUGCUUUCUCAGAUUGUGGCUUCUAUCCAACCACCACAGUCUCCUCCAGAAAUGCCCCAGUCUGGCCCUAAAGCAUGCAGUGUGGAAGAGCUCUAUGCAGUCCCUCCAGAUGCUGACGCUGCUAAGAGUACACCAGUCCGACCCAAGUCUCUCUUUACGUCUCAGCCCAGUGGGGAGGCUGAAGCCCCUCAGACCACAGAAAGUCCCACUGCCAGAGUACGGAAAGAUCCACUCGCAAAGCCAGUCACUGCCCCUCUCUCCAAGUUAGUGGCUAACUCCCAGGGUGAGCCACCCCCUCCCUUCCCCCCACCUCGUUCUACUUCCUCCCCUUACCAUGCGGGCAACCUUUUGCAGAGGCAUUUCACCAACUGGACCAAGCCAACCAGUCCUACCAGGUCAACGGAAGCUGAAUCAGUUUUGCACUCUGAAGGCAGCAGGCGGACAGCUGAUGCAAAACCUAAACGCUGGAUAUCAUUUAAAAGCUUCUUCCGCCGCCGGAAAACAGACGAGGAGGAUGACAAAGAGAAAGACCGAGAGAAAGGGAAACUGGUGGGCCUGGAUGGCACAGUCAUCCACAUGCUGCCGCCUCCUCCAGUUCAGCGCCAUCACUGGUUCACAGAGGCAAAAGGACAGUCCAGUGAGAAGCCAGCCAUUGUCUUUAUGUACAGGUGUGAUCCUGCCCAAAGCCAGCUCGGUGUGGAUCAGAAGGCCAGAGCAGACCAGUCAGCACUUGUAGAAAAAGAUGGGACAGAGGAUGGGUUACUACAGGACUCAGAGAAGAAGAAAAGGAGUCAUUCUUCUCCGUCACAGAUCCCUAAAAAAAUUCUCAGUCACAAAACCCAUGAAGUGACAGAGGAUUUUUCUCCUCGGGAUCCAAGAUCUGUUGUUGUGAGGGAAGAUGAUGGAGGCUGUGCUUCUGUCCCAGCAGCAUUGCCCCUACCUGAACUGGAAAGGGAAGAGGAAAAAGAAGAUGUUUCAGAUACUCUUGACCUGAAUCCCUGUAGUGCAACCUAUAGCAACUUAGGGCAAUCUAGAGCAGCCAUGAUACCACCCAAGCAUCCACGGCAGCCUAAGGGAACUUUGGAUGAUGCUGUUGUCUUUAGUGGGAAAACAGACGAAGAAACACCUAAUGCUUCCCAACCUACACCACCCCCACUGCCAAAGAAAACGAUCAUAAGAGCCAAUACGGAACCAAUCCCCAAAGACCUCCAAAAAUCCAUGGAAACAAGUCUUUGUGUAAUGGCUAAUCCCACCUAUGAUAUCGACCCCAACUGGGAUGCCAGUAGUGCUGGCUCUUCCAUCAGUUACGAACUCAAGGGACUGGACAUUGAGUCUUAUGACUCCUUGGAAAGACCUUUGCUCAAGGAGAGACCUAUCCCCUCAGCAGCAAACAGUAUCUCCAGCUUAACCACUCUCAGUAUUAAGGAUAGAUUUUCCAACAGCAUGGAGUCCCUGUCCAGCCGGCGUGGUCCCUCUUGCAGACAGGGCCGAGGCAUACAGAAGCCACAGAGACAAGCACUUUAUAGAGGACUUGAGAAUCGGGAAGAAGUGGUGGGUAAAAUCCGAAGCCUUCAUACAGAUGCCUUGAAAAAACUGGCUAUUAAAUGUGAAGACCUCUUCAUGGCUGGACAGAAAGAUCAGCUCCGUUUUGGGGUGGACAGCUGGUCAGACUUCAGGCUAACUAGUGACAAACCGUGCUGUGAGGCAGGUGAUGCAGUUUACUACACAGCUUCAUAUGCAAAAGAUCCACUUAAUAACUAUGCAGUCAAGAUCUGUAAGAGCAAAGCUAAAGAAUCUCAGCAGUAUUAUCACAGCUUGGCCGUCCGGCAGAGUCUGGCUAUCCAUUUCAACAUCCAACAGGACUGUGGGCAUUUCCUUGCUGAAGUCCCUAAUCGUCUGCUUCCCUGGGAGGAUCCUGAUGCCCCUGAAGAGGAAGAGGAUGAAAUGAAAGAGGCUGAAGAAGAGGUAAAAGGAGAAACUGAUGGGAAAAGCCCAGAGCCCUGCUCUGAGACAGAGUCAUCCCAGAAAGAAAGCCAGGGGGUCAUUAGCAGGAAGCAGAGAAGCCACGUUGUGGUCAUUACCAGAGAGGUUCCCUAUCUCACCGUGGCUGAUUUUGUGCGAGACUCUCUGGCCCAGCACGGGAAAAGCCCUGAUUUAUAUGAGAGACAAGUGUGUCUGCUACUCUUACAGCUGUGCUCUGGCCUUGAGCACCUCAAACCCUACCAUGUCACUCACUGCGAUCUUCGUCUGGAGAACCUGCUGCUUGUCCACUACCAGCCAGGGAGAACCACCCAGGGCCUUGGGCCUACAGAGUCCAGCCCCACCUCGUCUUGCCCCACAAGGCUCAUAGUGAGCAAUUUCUCUCAGGCCAAGCAGAAGAGCCAUCUGGUGGACCCUGAGAUCCUCCGGGACCAGUCCCGCCUUGCUCCAGAGAUCAUAACAGCCACCCAGUAUAAAAAGUGUGAUGAGUUCCAGACAGGCAUCCUCAUCUAUGAGAUGCUGCACCUGCCCAACCCCUUUGAUGAGAACCCAGAGCUGAAGGAGAAAGAAUACACUCGAGCAGACCUGCCUCGCAUCCCACUCCGCUCCCCCUAUUCCCGGGGCCUACAGCAGCUGGCCAGCUGCCUCCUCAAUCCCAACCCUUCUGAGCGGAUCCUCAUUUCAGACGCCAAAGGCAUCCUCCAGUGUCUACUCUGGGGCCCCCGGGAGGAUCUCUUCCAGACUUUCAUGGCCUCUCCUAGCCCAGCGCAGAGGAGCGCCCUUCUCCAAAACUGGCUAGACAUCAAGCGAACACUGCUGAUGAUCAAGUUUGCUGAGAAGUCCCUGGACAGGGAGGGUGGGGUCAGCCUUGAGGACUGGCUUUGUGCUCAGUAUUUGGCCUUUGCCACUCCAGACUCCCUCGGCUGCAUUGUGAAAACCCUGCAGCACCGCUAGUGUAUCCUGGUUGCUACUUGUCUUUUGUGUUCACCUUCACGUCGCCCAUGCACUUCCCCUUCCUAGUACUCACACAGAAUUCAAGGAAAGAAGAGAGACCGACCUUCCAUCCCUGUCCAGGAAAAAUGAGUCUGCUCAGAAAGCUUACCCACAGUUCCAGAUCCAGUCAGAAGCUGGGUCUAUCUUCACUGCACAGAAAUUUGAUUGCACAGCCGUGCAGUCGCCUUCCAUUGGAACACCUUUCACCCUAAUUGUCCCCAAAUGCAGGUAAAAAAUGAAAACGUUAUCCUUGAAGGGACAGCUCCUUUAGUAUGAACUCACUGAGCUGUGUCCAGCUCCUCCAUAAUUCUGAAGACCACCUGUCUUUUUAACACCAAGUAUUUAUUCUCACUAGCAAUAGACAGAUUUGACCAGUCCUUACUAUCAUCCACUAAGCUCUCACAACAGAUUUUUUUCUUCUUUAAAGUAUCAAUAACUGACUCUUACCAGGCAGAACUGCCAUCCUUCGCAUCAGCCCAGUCUUGUUUCUGGGGACUAUAGCCUUUGUUCCAGCAGAUAGUAGAAAGACAAGGAGAGAUUCCAUCCCUUGGGUCAUGGAUGCAUUUUCAUUUGUUACAGGCAAGUGGGCGCACCACCUGGAGGAUGGCCCUAGCGGUCCCCUCUGCUGCCACUGCCUGAUUCUCCUUCACCUCUACUCUGUUCCCACUUGCCAAUGAAGUUUGGGUUUAUCAACCACUUGUGGCCCAUUAUAGAACUGACCCAAGGUGGUGUCUCCAAUGCCUCUCCAGGGUGAGUACAGUUCAGAUCUUAUAAAUAGCUGGCAGGACACCGGGAGAUGAUUUUCCACAUGUGCAGUUCCCUAGGGGCCACCUGGGGAAUAGCUGAAAGUGCUGUCUUUGAUUACUGUCAGAGCUGUCGGCGUGGACAGCCAGCGCUGGCGGAACCCAGCUCCCGGUGUUCCCCUGAGCAGUAAUUGGCCAGCUUCUUUCUAGCGGUGGCCAGUGUUAACUAGUCUACCAAAUGCUGUGAACAGCAGCCGUGAAUGAGAUGGCUGUCAGUUGAGCUCUGAGAUCUGCUUGGAGGGCACGGUGUGCUGGUGAGAGGCCGGAGAGGGGAGGAGGCCACUGAUGAGACCGCUGGCCUCCUCCUCAGAACGCUGACCUUUGCUAAAGAGGCUGGCUCCCAGUUGCACUGCACAUUGCUCCUUGGGACUCUCCGAAAUGGCUCUGGAGGAUGGCUGGCAACAAUUUCAAAUGCUGGGGUGGGUGCCUGUGAGCUGUGCACCAUACAUGGGCUCUGUGCUCCUCUCCUAUGAAUAUAUGUGCAAUUUUUGUAUGUAUUGUUUUAACUGUAUAUUACAGUGUUUAUGUGGCAACUUCACCUGAAGCAAGUUCUACAGAAAUCCUCCCCUUCUUCCCUUGGCACAUACGUGUUUGCGCUAAGAGAUGAGUGUUCCUUCCGGGUAGUGGGGGUGGGAGGUGACAUGUGUGUGCUUGUUUUCUUCAAAACUGUGAGUAUCUGUUUACUUCAACCUUGAAAUCCCAAGAGUCACUCAGACGGUUUGAGUGUGUGUACACGUGGGUGCACACACGUGUGCUGGAAGUAGAGGCCAGGCCUCUGAGGGGAACAACCUGUGGCGGGGUUGAUGGACACGUUCUCUGCAUCUAGUCGGCGAGGGAGCUCUGGGACCCUCCUCUGCCAGCGCAGAGUUCCUUAAAAGCCAAGACUGAUUGUGCAGUAUUACUUAGAUAGCACAUUAGUGGCCUUUUGGAAGUUUCUAAACUUUUAACAUUUUUAGCAGCCUUUCAUAUGAUUCACCUAUAUCAAAGAGGAUCAAGAAAGGAGAAGAAUGUAUUUUAUUGUGAUCUUCUUUGGUUUUGUUUUGUUUUGUUUUAAGAAAACGGGACACGUGAGGCUCCAAAGGGAGGAUGUCCCUGUCCUCCUGGCCAGCAGUACAGUUCUCCCAAGGAAAAGGACUCACUGGCCCACAGGGUCUGGCCUCCUCUAGCCAGAGAGCAGGGCUCUGCCCCGAGGAAUGGCCACAGAGGGGGCGUGCCGCUGCAGGCCAGCAGUCUGCUCUGUCUCGGUGUCCUGUGGCCUGGCUGCGCCUUGCCUGGCAGACUGUGUUUAGUUCACCGUAGCAUAGCCCAUGUGCACAUAACUCCUUGCCUAAUUAAUACACUGAAGUAGCAGCACACAGACCACUGGCCACGUCGGCCAGCACAUUCCCCCAGCAGUCCUCCCUCCCCUCCCCCAGACGGUUUGCAGAUUGAGACGCUUUCUCAAUGUCAUUCUUGUGGUGCCUUGCCCAUGUAAAUUUGAAUGUUGACUAUUUAAUGAGGUUUCAUAUUUAAUGAAGAAUGUUCCCUGGUCCCUCUAUUUGCUUAUUGGCUCUCUAGAUAUCCUCUUUCGUUUCUCUUCUUUUUUAUUUUAUUUUAUUUUUUUUCUGUUUGACUUGGAUCCAGUCUUCUUCAUUUUAACCCUAUGGUAUUAUAGGCAUGGACACUCCCCACUACCGUCAUCUUUCAGCACUGGUAAACUGAGCACCUCCUUCACAUCAGAUUUGUUUAGUACUGUUUUUAUAUUCAAAUUUGUGAAGGCCAAAAGAUGAAUGCCAACUAGUCAGAGAAGGGCCUCAGGCUUCCCAGAGGCAGGUGGCUAGAUUAAUUUUUCUCUGAGUGGUGGCUGAGGAAUGUGAGGGAGAGGGAAAGGGGUGUUAGUUAGAGCAGAACAGACAAGAUAACUGUAUUUCUAGACAAGAAGUUCUCCAUCAGAUGGUCCUUGGAAUAUUUUUCCAGAAUAAUGAAAUUCAGUCAAUCUAAUAUCAUCACAAGUAGUUUUUUACAGUCCCAUUUUAAUUAUAGUAGAAUCUUUGAAUUCAUUCAUCAACUGGCAAGAAAUCCUACCUUCAGACAUCUGUAUAUACAUGAGUUUUGCUUUAUGACUAGUAUUAGCACUUUAUGUUUUCUCGAGUAACAUCCAGUUAUUGUCUUCAAUAUUAAUUGGAAUUUUUUUCUAUUCUGUUGAAGUCUGUACUACAGAUUCUUCCAUUUAUAUUGAGAGUUUGAACAAUUAAGCCAUCAUUGGGACUUUACCUUAAGCCGCAUGAGCAAGAACAAUUUCUCUGACACAUUUUGGUGCUAGAGAAACAGGGAAAUGGGGGGAGUAGCAAAGACCAAGACUGAAUGUAUAGCAGAGUGCCUUGUUAGAGUGACAACCUAGUCUUGGAAAGAAGAGAAUCCCAUGUCCUGCGGAGAGGACUAGGACUACGUGACUUCUCCCACGCUGGCCUGAGGAAGAGCCCCUUUGGUAAAUGUACACCGACGUGAUGCUCAGAAGCUAAUUUGUGGAGAAUAACUGCAGGAUGGGACAAAGAGCAGUUGCAACCUAUGGAGUCAAUGAAAGAAUCCCUAGAUGAAGUUAGAAUUGGAGGCCAGGACUAUAGCAGUCGGCUCCAAGCUUUGCCCUCUGGAGAUGAACUGGGUAAAGGUAGACAGGGCCCAAGCACCCAUGCUACUGAUGUUGGGGCCUAACAUAUGCUUGUUAGGAUUUGAAGAGGCUGAGUAGCCUUCCAUUGUCAGAUUAAGUGGAGGCCAGUUUUGCUUCCAGACUCGGAAGAAGUUUGUUACCAUGGGAAACUGUUAAGCAAAGAGAUCUAAACCUCUAGAAAUAUUAAUGAUAUUUCUGGAAGUAAAACUGUAUUUUAAAGUUUCUAGCAUUAUAAGUUUUCAUGAAGGAUCUUUGGGGCCUGCUACACAGUAGGGCAUGGAAAGAUUGCACUCAGCUUCCCAAGUUUGAAUUAAACAUACUUUGAUGCUGGGAAGUAACCUGACCUGGUUUUGCUGGUAACCUGCAAGUAAUAUUUUUCCCUAGAUUAUACCGACAGUGAUCUGAAAAAAAUACAGACCAGUCCCCGAAGUCGGGAUGUACUUAGGAUACUCCCCUAUAUUCCAAAUGAUUCUAGAUGUAUGAAUAAAGUACAAACAUACUUGAAGACGAAGGAGAGAGAAACUUGGCUCUCCAGGCCAACUCUGACAUGUUUUUUAUUUCCCUCGCUAGUUGAUAAGGAUUGAAAAUUCUGGUCCAGCCAAAUGAGUGAACAGGAUGGCUGCCCACAAAACCAGGUUAUUAGUUUUACCUCAUUGAAGCUCAUAUUCUCAGAGGCCCAAAGUGCUGUGCCGAGACAAAUCCAAGUGCUGCUCUUGCUGAAGUGUGCACUGAAGUCCAGCUGCCCGUGCUUACGGCAGUGCCCAAAGUCGGGAUUCCAUGGACCAAAACUGAUGCCACAAGGGAAGCCAGAGGAGCUACAAUGCAAGAUCCUAGAUAGAGAUUAUACCAAAGAAAUCAAGCCUUUUUGUCCUGAUGCUUGAGUUAUGACAGAUGCCAGAGAAGAAGAACUCACAUACAUUCCAUGUCAAGGUAUUUGGCUGAUAAAAUAAUCCAUCCUCCAAACAAAGCACCUAUCUUUUUAAAAUAAGUCCAUUUGGUAUAUUAGGAAAAAAAGAAAAGAUGAUGGUGAUGGUGAAAGUCUGGGACAGACAGUGAUAUUUCCCAGUAAUUAAGGAGAAGGAGCCAGCCCCCGCUCUCCCUGUGAUGUGACUGUGGCCAUUGCCCGGACUUCGGUUUGGGAACUUCAUCAUGUCCGUGUGAUUCGGAAAGCUGAGCAAUCUUUUCUAAGAGAUGUGGUAGUUUCAACAGCUUUGUUUAAAGAGCUCCUGGGAGAUUUCUUAACAAAUUCUAGUAGUUUUUAUAAACCUUCCUACAGAGGUGGUUACCACUCAUCACCAUCAUUUAAUAUUUAUAAGUGCCCAGAAUGUACAAGGUGCUAUACAGCUGUUACACAUCCCCUCUCUGCAGCUGUUUGAAAUUAGAGUAGGUUUUUGCAUCAGCCACUGCUACAAGCUUCCCCACCUAAGUGGGCUACAGGGGCCUGCGUUCCGGACAUCCCAUUACAUUUCCCACUCCAGAGAGCCUCUGGGCUCCUUCCAGCUUCUAACCUUCACCCAUCCCACUUACCCUCAUGCUUUUUUUUUAAUCCAGAAAGUUUCAGGGAAUCAAAAGAGGUUGGAAAUUUUUUAACCUAGCAGAAGUACAGAGUCCUAUAUUUUGCUACAAGUAUUAUCGUAUUAUGGAAAAUCCACUUUGCCCGUAUAGUGUGUGGAAAGUAUCUGUGUGUCUGCACUCAUGAUAACUUGAAUGUUGAACAGCCCUAUGGCUUCAGGGUAGCAUUUUUGAAAGAUAAACCACACUGCUUCAGGAAACCUGCUCCAAGUACUACUUGGUUAUCCGUUCCCUCACCAGUUUGAAAGUUAUGCGUGAACAUACUGGGUUGGGAUUUUCUGUUGAUAUGCAGGGCAUUUGGGCAUGAGAUCAGGGCAGAAGCAAGAUGUCCUCCUUCUCAGCAUUUGAAUCAUGGCAGUCUUCAUUCCAGUCUCACCUUAGUUCCCCAUGGCUCUGCCCACACUCUGUAUUUGAAAAUCUUGUUCUCUUGCUCUUUCCUGGAGCUUUAACCCUCUGCACAUUUUAGUUGUAUAAAUCUACCAACGUAAGGUUCCCUCUGUCACCAGGUGGUGCCGCCCUUUGGUUUGCUGUGGUACUUUGCUGUGUUCUCUGUGGCAUCAUGUUACUGUGUAAAUAAAUUUGUUUUAAUAUACACUAAAAACCAGACAAGCGCUUGUUUUU